AUGACUACUGUUGAGAAAGGUUCCCCUCGUACUGUAAUGUAUAAGUCUGUUGACAUAAAUGGGGUUUCCACCCGUUUGAAAUGGUGUGUCACAUGUGAAUUUUACAGACCUCCUCGCUGCUCUCAUUGCUCUAUUUGCAAACAUUGCAUUGAUACGUUUGAUCAUCAUUGUCCUUGGCUGAACAAUUGUAUUGGGAAACGAAACUAUCGGUAUUUUUUCUCGUUCCUACUCACAUUAACUCUUCAUAUGAUUAUUGUUUUUGGCGUGUCCAUGACGUAUGUCCUGAUGCGUACGAAUGAACUCUCUCACUACAAAGUCAUUAUUGCCAUUGGUGUGUUAAUUUUGGUAGGCUUAUUGCUGCUUCCUGUGCUAGGUCUGACGGGAUUUCACAUGUUUUUAGUCAGCAAAGGACGAACUACAAAUGAACAGGUCACUUCAAAAUAUGAUCUUGAUAUGAACCCUUAUGAUCGCGGCCUGUGCAAGAACUGGCUACACAUUUUUUGUACCUCUCAACCACCUAUAUUGAAUCGACCAAAUGUAGCAGAAGUUGAUAUGUGGGAAAUAUCCUAUAAUGAUAAACCUAUCAAACACCGCCAAACAUCAAAUUUGCGUUCUGGUUCUAAUAACUACAAGCUUCCUGAUACUUUUAAAUCAUCUAAAAACCCGGUUGAUAUUGUUAAACAGGGAGAAGUUGUUUGUGAAAAGGUGGAUUUGGACGAUAUAGUUAAUCAUUCUUCUGAUCAACGAAACACAUCCGAAUUAAUAUCAAGUGUUCAUCAUGAAUUAAACAAAUCUCUUUCACCCAACCCACAAUCAAAAGUUUUAUCCCUAAAGAUAGGAACAAAGUCAAAGUAUUUAGGUAACAAAGAUCAAGGUAAAAGUCUACUGAUUGGGACAAAUACACCAAAAUAUGUAUCAAAUGAAAAUAGUGCUAGCUUUAAUUCUAAUAUCAAUUCUGUUGUAACAUCUACUAAUGUCCCCACGAAAAUCAUAUCCGAUAGAGAUCGUUUCGGCACGAAAGGUGACCAUUUAACUCCACUUCUAGGAUCUCAAGCGAAUUCGGACGUUGACUUGAUUCGGGGACGUCAAUUGCUAAAACUUACCAUAGAAAACCAAAGUAAGUCGAGUAAUUCGCUUCAUCUCAGACAACAGGAUCAGAGUGCCGCUACCGAAAUUGGAAGAAGUUCUUCACGUGAUUUUUCUUCUCGUUCCAAUGAAAAUAUGUGUCCUUGUACAUCGUCUAAUUCGAUGAUGAAUAUCCGCGAUCGAGUCACCCUACCGAUAAGUUCACAUAGUGCGCCAUUUUCUCAACCGCGUGUUGCUACUGCCGAACAAUUCAGCACUCCUCAGGAUUUUAAUGGUCGUGGUAUACAUUAUGUCACGUCAGCUACACUUGAUUGUUACACCCCUGAAUCUGUAAAUCUACCAACUAGCAAUAUAUCAAGGGGUUUUGUGAAAUCAAUGAGAUCUGAACAACGCCGUCAUGAAUUUCCGCACCAGUUUUAUCCUCGAUCUCCUGGAAUGCAAGUAGAUCAAAGACACUUACUACCCCAUAAUGAAGUUGCCAAUCAUUUAUCUCCACGGUCACUUCACAGUCUUCCUCCACCUCUACCUCCUCAUGGCUCCCAGACAAAUAUUUCUCGUGCUCGGCCAUUUUGGCCUCCAGCUGUACCUCCUCACGGUAGUCCACGUACAAAUGAGCAGUCAGCUUCAAAAUUUGUAUCUCAGUCAUGUGGUUCGACUCAUUGUCCUUCAAUUAUGACACAAGCUGGUUCACGUCCUACGCCACCAUUACCUCCGCAUAAUCGAAUUUCUAAACUGAAUGCACCAAACAAUCGAAUGCAAUCAACUGGACAUAGGAAUUCUAAUCAUUUAGUCACACGAUGGCAAAAGGAUGGUGAUUCUAAUUCUCCUGAUGGGACUUUUGAAAUUUCAGUUUAG